AAUGUGUUCAAGGAAGGAAUUUAAAAAAAAAAAUUAAUGGUGGUUUCUUUACGCUUCACUAUAGUGUUCAAGUAUGAAAUUAUAUACUUGUCUACUUGAAUGAAAGAUAUUAUAGGCAAGCAACAAAUAGGAAGAAAGCGGUGCAAUAGAUCAACAAAAAUGGAAGAUUUGGGAGAACCUGAGAAGCUUGUAGAGAGCAUCACUUACAUGGAAGUUCCUUUGUAUAAGGCUGCAGCAGAAGGCAAAAUUGAAGAAUUUGAUAAUCGACAGGAGCUUAACCUUGAGUCACUAAAGACCCCAAACUAUGACAAUGUGCUCCAUGUUAACUUGGCAAACAGCGAGCGUACUGCGAGUGCAUGGUCUUUUAAAUCAAGGUCCAGACGCAGUAACAGAUCAGAUUUUGUCAAAAAAAUUCUUGGCAAGUGUCCGUCACUGCUACUCCAAACGAACCGUAAAGGUCAAACUCCAUUGCACAUUGCAGCAAGGUAUGGACGUUCUACCACUGUGAAACUUUUUAUCGAGUCUCGUGCAGAUGGAGAUAUAGAGAAUCUGGGAAUGGACGAAUUGAAGGCUGUUAGGGAGAUGUUGAGGCUUAAGGAUGAGGAAUCCAACAUGGCUUUACAUGUAGCAGCACGGUAUGGCCACGUUGGAGUGGUACAAGCAUUGCUGAAGCAUGAAGACCCUGAUUUUCCAUAUUCUGUGAACAAAAAUCACGAAACUCCACUUUACUUAGCUGCUAAGGGAGGAUAUGGGCGAUCGGUGACUAAAUUAUUAGAUAAAUGGAAAUCAACUGUUCAUGGGGGACCGUACGGUAGAACAACUUUGCAUGCAGCAGUUAUGUCUGGAGAUGUAGAGACAACAAAGAUAAUAUUGAAGGAGAAAGGGGAUUUAACAAAGGAAACAGAUGAAAUUGGACACACCCCUCUUCAUUAUGCAGCACACUUGGGUCGCAAUUCAAUAGUGGAAGAGCUGUUAAAAGAGGAUGUUUCAGCUGCUUAUAUAGGUGAUAAAAAGUGGGAGAUGACCCCCCUUCUUAUGGCAGCCAGGCAAGGCUAUGGACUAACAGUAAGAAAGAUUCUCUUUCAUUGUCCAGCUAGUUGUGAAAAAGUGGACAAAAGGGGUUGGAAUUUACUUCAUUUUGUGGCGUUUAGAGACAAUCCUCUUCAAUUAAUUCUUUUUUUUUCCGCAAUUGGUGAUGCUGAGCUUGAAUAUGGAUCAGUCAAAAAUCUAAUGGACUGGAAAGAUACUUAUGGAAUCACACCUCAACAAGUUUAUGAUGCAUGUCAAGGCGUGGCAUCUUCCGAGAACAAUCAACGUAAGAAGGAGCAAAUUGUGGAAUUGGUGAAAGAUAUUGUUGUCAAUGAAGAAGUGGCGGAGAAAGCAAUUAAUCCUGUUCCCUCUUCAACUAUCAACAGAGAGGAUUUGCAGAAGACAAGAGAUACUCAUUUAGUAGUGGCAGCACUUGUAGCCACUGUCACAUUUGCAGCAGCAAUAACCGUUCCAGGUGGUUUCAAGGGUGAAAAAGAAUUAGAUCAGGGCACUCCUUUUCUAAUUCAUGAUGCAGCGUUUAAAGCAUUUGUCAUAACAGAUGCACUGGCCUUUGGUCUCUCUGUUUGUACCCUCAUCAUCCACUUUGAUAUGGUAAAUCCUCUUUUUUCACGUUAGCAUGAUAAAAUAUCCGGCAUAAUGCUCGCUGAUAGGUUCCUUGGUUAUGCAACGUAUGUGAUGGUGAUAGCUUUCUGCACAGCUAAUUAUGCGGUAUUAAAACCUUCCCAUGGACUUGCCAUCAUUUCAUGUUCCCUCGGCCUUAGCUUUUUUCUCUUUUAUCUUCUUAAAAAAUCAGUGAUUUCUACAUUGACAGUUACGUCA